UAUUUGAACCAUUCAAAUCAAAAUGAGGAGAAGGCAAGCCUUGAAAGUUGUAAAAGAAUUUGACGCCUUUCCUAAAGUCUCCGAGGACUACAUAAAGCCCACAACCAGAGGAGGACUCUUUUCCAUUGUUUCUAUAACCAUUAUACUCUUCCUGAUCGUAUCAGAACUCUCUUAUUUCAAAGACUCUGAGAUACUUUAUGAAUACAUGGUGGAUACAGACAUGACCUCUACACUUAAGCUUAGGUUCGAUAUCACAGUAGCAAUGCCUUGCGAGUUCCUAGGAGCUGAUGUAGUAGAUGCUGCUGGUAGCUCUAAGAGCUUACAGCAAGAGGUUCACAAAGAACCGACUAUUUUCGAACUCAACAAAGAACAGAAAGCAUGGUUAGCGGCUAAGCAAGAGGUCAUCCGUCGACACGAAGGACUUCGGUUGCUACGUGACGUCAUGUUCGACUCUCACCCCCAGCAGUACAUCCCGUUUCCCGAGCACCCCCAGCACUCUGCUCCUCUCACCAGCUGUCGUGUCCACGGUCACAUUCAAGUCAACAAAGUAUCUGGCAACUUUCAUAUAACCGCUGGCCAAGCCGUACCUCAUCCACAGGGUCAUGCCCAUCUCAGUGCAUUCGUACCCACAAACAUGAUCAAUUUUUCUCACCGGAUAGACUCAUUUGGGUUUGGUGUCUCUACCCCUGGGAUGGUAGACCCUCUUGAAGGAACUUAUGUCAUUGCUCGCGAGUCGAACCGAUUGUUCCAGUAUUACAUACAGAUUGUACCAACUACACUACAAAUGAGAGGAGGGAGUGAUUUACAUACAAACCAGUACUCUGUGACAGAGAGGAAUAGAGCUAUCAGUCAUAAAGCAGGUAGUCAUGGGCUGCCUGGCCUCUUUUUUAAAUACGAGAUUUAUUCUCUGAUGGUUUUAAUGAAGGAGGUCGAUAGACCUUUAUCGCUGUUUUUGGUUAGACUUUGUGCUAUUGUUGGUGGGGUUUUUGCUACAUUAGGCAUGAUAAGCCAGUUCUUGGGCUACAUACUAGGGUUUUUCAAGAGAACAAAGAGCGAAGAAACAUGAACAAUCACAAUAUUUAUAAAUAUUAAUUAUUUUAAUAACUAUUUAAUAACUA